GAUGGCGUCUUCCUUGAAGGCGCAAUGCGUGCUGAAGUUUUAUAAUGUGUGCGCGUCUCUAACUUCAGAGAUACGACAUGCGACAACCUAAUUCACCUAGCUCGUUGUCGUAGCACGUUGGUUUGUACAUGGAACGUUUUCGUUUCGUACCAGUUGUGUUGCUCUGAACUACGCUCACGUGUGUGAUCCGCUACACAAGCAUGGAGCUUCACGAGCAAAACCUUGAAACUCUGUACAACAUGGGUUUCUUAGACCUUGAAGAAAACAGGAACGUGCUGAGGAUAGCCAAUAACGACCUCAAUGAGGCCGUUACCAUCCUCACCAGUGAGUACCCUGUACAGAGUGACGUUGAAAUGAAAGACAUCACUGCUACAAGUGUAACUCCGUUAGCAGCCCCACCUCCGUACAGUUCAGUGGGAGCUGUAAAGGGCUGUUCUCCACGACCAGACAUGGGGCCGCACUUGUUCCCAACAACAAACCUUUAUGAGCUGGAGCAAAGAGUGUUCGUGGACCAGUGGUCCAUUCCAUACAAGAAGGAUGAAUCGUUAGCAAAAUGCCUGAUAGCAGCAACCAGCCUUGCCAGAGAAGGAAACUGCGAGAACAACUCGGACUGCGUGCGUUUCAUGGAGUCAUGCAUGCCGGAGUCAUUCCGCAAGCUGCUGACGACUCUGGCUGUCCGCAACUGGUCGCCUGAUGUGCAGGAAGGGGUUUACAACAUGUUGCUGUUGCUUGUUGACUUGGUUGUUGAGCGGCUCGGAUAUGACCCUGUUCCCGAAAAUCUGCUGUUACACGUACUAUGCAUGGCCUUUGAUGCUGAAAACGAGUUUCACAGCAAGAACAAAAACCGUCAAAGUUCCUUAGAGCAACCCCUUAUUGUAUAUGCAAAGACCGAAUGUUCCUUAGAUCCUUAUGGUUGGCUGUUAGAUAUCAUAAACAAGUUUGGCAGCAGAGGCGGCUUCGACAAAAUAGAAGCAAAGUUCAAGAAUGGUUUGACAGCAAAUGAAAUGGCAGCGCUGUUGAGUCCACUAGCAAAGUGUGCACAGUUUCUGAACUCGGAAACAGCGUGUUCGAUACUUGCACCUUGCAUGGCCAGAGCAACAGAUUACAUCAGAAGUCUCAGCGAUGAGGACCUCAAAAAUAAAAACAUCGGAUCUAUUACAGACCUUCUCAAGGCAGUGAAGACACUGUGUGUGUACCUCUGGCCCAGUGAGAUUGUCAACACCAGCUCCCUCUGCCUUGACGUUAUACUUCGAAUGCUCAAGUGUUCACAUUUCAAUGCCAGGAUGAAUGGCCUCAAAGAGCUUAUCAAGUUAAUUGAGGACUGCGCCUCGACAAAUUCGUCGAGGGCUGCAAUUGAUGCCGAACAACUUUUGGACUGGCUCACGGAAAACCGUGUGCUUUCUCUUACCUUGGAAAGUAACAUUGAUCAGGUCCAGUACAUGGACAAAAUCAAAGGAAUUAUCGAAUUCAUUGGCCCCAGGCUUUCGCUGGAUGAGCUGACAAAAAUUUGGGACAUGCAGGACAAGCAAAACUGUCAAGUGAUCGACAACAUCCACGGUAUUGUUGCUGCUGCAUCAACAAAGUUUAGUACGCAGCAGUUUGACCACCUAAUAUUGUUAAUUGGCAAGGCCUGGCGAAACGGAACCGAUGCAGCGUGGAAGAGAUUGUUGACUUUCAUUGGAAAGUUGGGGAAAGAAAGCAGUCAAGGAAAAACAUCAACUAAGCUUUUAGAUCUGCUAUGGGAGCUAUCUCAUUCUUCACUGCUGUCAAAAGCGCACGCUGAACAAGUGGUAGAAGAGUUCUUCAACAUUCUCACAGAGCUCACCAAUAGGGAUAGCGUGCGGCGACAGUAUGUCUCACGGUGCGUCGAGGACAUCAAAAAGGGUGUCUGGGUUUUACCUGCCCUGAAGCUUCUGAAAAGCAUCAGCGGUUCAAACUCAAAAGUCACAUAUUACAAGCAAGAUAAGUCUAUUUUCAACGAGCUGAACCGCAACCACGACGUUGUGAAGUUGGUGACCAAUAGUCUAUCACACUGUCAUAAAGAAGCAGUGAAAAGGGUGCAGGGGAAGCUGCUUUUACCGAAGGUUCUAGUGGAUGCUGUGUACACGCACCAAGAACACGUUAUGACCCACCUAGAUUUUCUCCAGUUCCUGCUCAAAGAAGGAUCCCAAUACCUUCCUUGGAGCAGAGCAAAAGAAAUCUGGGAGACUCUAGUUGCUAACCCUGACGCUUGUGAAUCGGACCGAGAGAUGUGUUUUGACUGGUUCGAAAAGUGCCUGCCUGACCUGGAAGCUGAAACACAGUCGCAGUUGUUUCAGCAGAAGCUGCUGCGCAUGGAUCCUUCACAAGUCACAUCAACCGCUUUCAGCUGCUUCAAGACCUACUUUGAGCAAGUCAAUAAGCACGAGGGAAAACUAAAGAAACCUGGGUCUUUCACAGUCGUAGAAAAGUUGGACCUGACAGGCAUGGAUUUCUUGUGGCAGAUCUCGUUAGCAGCACCCCAAGAAGAAAUCGCGGAGUUGGCGAUAGAUUUCAUUUUGGAGUUGUCGUACAAAUUUCUUUCGCCGAGGCUCAAAAAGGAUGUUGUUUCGCUUCACCAUCGUGUCAUAAACGAGUGCUACAACAGGCUGAAGGUUGUCGCUAUGACCAUGGGUGACAGAGCUAUGACGACUGCUUUGUCCAAUGCAACCAAGACUUUGACGGCCAUGGCGGUGUCUGAACCUGUCACUCUCUCGUUACCAAACCGCAUUCAUCGCAGGUCAAACCGGACCCAAAACAUCUGUCGUCUGCUCCACCUUGCGGAACGCUACAUCUCCUCGAUAGAGGAGCAGCAUUCUGCUCAGCGAGUGAUCCUGCCUCACGGAGCAUCAUUCUACAGCUUUCCAAUUACACUGAGGGUCGUUAGUGAAAGCCUAAAGGAUGAAGUGAAAAUCAGGUGCCACAGCAAUGCUAGUGUUGGUUCAAUGAAGAAAAAGGUCGCUCAGCUUUUCAAGCAGACACCAGGAAACCUUCAGAUUUCUGUGAACGACACCCAGCUGCCAUGGAGCGACGAUCAGAAACUUCUGUCCCAGCUGAAGCUCACAGACGACCAGAUCAUACACGUGAAAGUGACCGGAAGUGGCAUCGUCAAACCUUCACAGAUUGAGGAAUGUACAGUAGUUCCCCCGCCAUCAGCACAAGCUUCCUCAACAUCCACCGUUGCUUCGGCCGCCGCUACUGCAUCACCUUCUGCGGGACAGCAGCCAUUUUAUAUUGAGCAGGAGAAACUUCUUCCCGGUGUUGUUAUAUCAAGUGGAGGAAGCGUAUUCAAGAUGCUCUACCAUCUAGCGAGCACGGAUGAUUUGAAAAUAGCUCAACAGGUACAGACGUUACUCGACCUCAUCCCUCCAGACCCAGCUGUGAUAGACUCACUGGAACAAGCCUGUUCUAAAGCGUCUGCGCCACCAACACCACCCGAGGCACCUGGGAAGCUCCUGGGAAGCCCUCGUAAAAAUCGUCCCUCCGUCGCGCAAGAAAAGCCUGAAGGUCCACACGAAACCCUGCGAAAGUUGUUAGAUCCCAGCUCUCGAGAUCUGACACCAUUCCGUCUGCUGUACAACUUACAGAUUUUAAGUGCCAAACUUAUGCCAGCAAACCAAGACGUGUCGUCGAACCUGUUUUGCGAGAAUUUCCUCAAGGUUGGAGGGCUCAGCCACAUACUAAAAGUCUUGCACAGAGAUUCAUUUCAUCCCGACAUGGACUACAACGUCCGUCAGGGAUGUUACUUCACCGCAUUGCAGAUUGCGAGGUUCCUGAUUUGUGGUCAAAACGCCCCCCAGACGCAGCAAAACGCGCUGCCCACGUGUUCGCCCGUGAAGCCCACCACCCCCAAAAAGGUCCAGGUGGACCUAGCUCUGCCGAGCACCACAGUGUUGCCAGCCGUCAAUGUUAUAAAAACCAUGAAUCUAGAAAGUCUCGAAGAAACCAUCGACUGCAUCCUGCGCGUGGCCUGGGCCGCAGCAGCGGGUCGACUUCAGCUGGCGUCUUUCUCCCUGCCGUCUAAAGAAGGGAACCAUUUCAGUAGCACGGGACAUCGCAGCCGGCAGAGCAGCACCGGUAGCGGAACAAGUAGUGGAAGCGAUGGUGAAAUUUCUCCGGGAUUGCACGGAGGUGUUUGCGUUGGACAGAAUGCCAUCGACCGAAGGGAUGUGCUUCUGGCACAAGAGGCUCUGGGCUUCCUGUUUUUGUGCCUCGAACGCAGAGACGAUGCCCUCGAACAUUUUCAAAGCCUCGCAUGUGUGCGAGACUUUGUGCUCGAUGUAUUGCUUGGAUCAAGCAGCUCGGAUGUUCGAGUGACAGCGCGUGAUGGCUUGCAUAGGCUUAGCCGCAUGUCUGUUACAUUCAGACCAUUUCUGCUACAACUUCUGUUGCGAGCUCAUCUCCCUCUGUGGGUGUCAUCGUGCUGCACACGUGGGUGCAACCAGAGACUUCUCGGACAGUGCGUCGAAUACUUUGACUUGGCAUGCCGACUUCUGACUGACUCCAAAGAUGAUAGGCAAGGCUUGUUCGUGGAUGUUUCACAAAUGCUCGAAGACGAGAUUGCCUGGCUCCAUAGCUUCUCCCCAUCGGAAAACCUCAGAGAUCAGGAGACUGAUAGCACGCUUAUGACAGGGCAUUUCAAGUUUAUUCGCACACUAAUAUUUUGCAACGAAGAUAGGAAGGAUGAAGUCGGUAAAAGCCUCGUGGAAAGCCUUUUGGAGUCGUACUUGUUUCCUGCCUCGCACCUGGUUGAAAGAGGUGUGAAACAUGGUCCAUUUGAAAACUUCAAGCCCAAAUGCUCGUUAACUGAGUCUCGUAUUGCUGCAUUUGACAUCCUGGUGGAACUUGCCAAGUGCUCUCCGAACAACCUUGAAAUGAUUGUAAAGUGGCUGGUUGAGAAACAUCACAGGUUGAAAUCUGAGCUGGUGAAAGAAUUUGAGUAUGAACCCCUAAUUGCUGGUCGUGCACCAAGUGGUUAUGUUGGGCUGAAGAACGCUGGUGCUACCUGCUACAUGAACUCUGUUCUGCAGCAGCUUUUUAUGCAGCCGGGGUUACAAGAGGCACUGCUCUCCAUUGAUUCAGACAAAGUUGAAGAGGAAAGCUUGCUAUACCAACUACAAACCGUCUUUGGCCACUUACUGGAGUCACAGCUGGCUUAUCACGUGCCGGAAGCCUUUUGGCGAUGCUUCCGCCUGUGGGGUGAACCGGUGAACGUUCGCGAACAGCAGGACGCUUCGGAAUUCUUCAACCAUCUUCUUGACCAAGUGGAUGAAUACCUGCAGAAGAUAGGCUGGGAUCCUCUUUUCAAGCCCUUCUAUGAAGGACUAUUCUCCGACCAGAAAAUCUGCCAGGGGUGUCCUCACAAGUAUGAGCAAGAAGAGACCUUCCUUGCUCUCAAUCUUCCAGUCAAGAGUCAAAGCUUGAAAGAGUCUCUUGAUCAGUUUGUCAAGGGUGAACUUCUGGAGGGAGACAACGCUUAUCUGUGUGAGAAAUGUGGAGAGAAGAGGAACACAGUCAAGAGGACAUGCAUAAAAAAACUACCUCCUGUGCUAGUUAUCCAACUGAAAAGGUUUGGGUUCGACUGGGAAGCAAACAGAGCAGUGAAAUUCGACUACCACUUCAAGUUUCCAUGGUCGUUGGACAUGUCCCCGUACACCUAUCAAGGAGUUGUGGAAAAGGAGCAGCGUGGCUCCGCCGGUGACAUGCCGGACGAGGUCUUUCGGAGGCCGGCCCCUGCUCACUACGACCUCUCCGGAGUUGUGGUGCACAGUGGUCAAGCGAGUGCUGGUCACUACUAUUCAUUCAUCAAGGAGAGGAGAAGCGACCCCCAAUACACUGCGAAGCGUGGCACAUGGUACAAGUUCAAUGACACUACAGUAGAGGAGUUUGACCUGAAUGAUACCAGCAUAGAAACAGAGUGCUUUGGAGGAACUUACAAAGCUAAGGUUUCUGAUUCAGCCUCCUGCUACCCAGAAACAAGGCAGAGACACUGGAAUGCAUACCUCCUGUUUUACGAGAGACAAGAAGAUUCCCGCACGCCUAGGACUCCCCAUAAAAAUAUGAGGAGGUUCUCUUUCAGAAAAGAGGGCAAAGAGCCCAGUGCCAAGAGUGCAGUCCGUCGAACACCAAGUGCUGGAGCAAAGCAUAGGGACAGUUUGAGCCAGCUAACCCAACUUGUGGACCACAGCGAACGUCAGGGCUGGUUUCCGCCCUGCAUGCCUCCGCACAUCGAGCAGCUGGUGCGUGAAGAGAACCUGCUUUUUAUGCGAAACAGGGAUGUCUACAAUCCUUGCUACUUUGACUUCAUCGCAACACUGGCAUCCGUAAACUUGGAGUGUACCUCCCACCCAAAGUACGACAUCAUGAUGGUACAAAGCGUGACACUGAUGGUGAACUUCUUCAUGAGCACGUACAUCAAGUACAAGAGGAAAGAACAUAACGCGGUCACAGAAUGGAUUGAAUGCAUCGGGACAAUCAUCCGCCGGAGCCCUGCUGCAGCCGCGUGGCUGCUGAAGUAUUUUGCUGACGCUGGCCCUGGUCUUGCAAAAUUGUACCUGCUUGAGUGCCCCACCAAAGAAGUACGCCACACAUUUGCAGAUAUUCUGGAGAAGACACUGGUGCUCUGUUAUCAGCUGGAAGAUCCGCAGACGCAGCAUGACAUGAACUGUGUUCUUGGCAACCUGGUGAACCUUCUAGACCAGGACGUAGCCAAUAACUGUUGGCACUCAUACCAGUAUUUCAGCCUUCUCAACAAUUACUCGCAACUUGGUACAAAGGCUUGCAAACAUCUGUUCAAACUUGAAGCCUUCAAAAAGCUUCUUGUUUUCCUGGUUGGUCCUCUUGAUUCAAGCACAACAGCAGCUGAGAACCUCCCGAGGCGUUGGAACCAGCCCCAAGUGCACGAUUUUGACCAGCUUCAUGGAAUACUGGUCAAUCUCAUUCUUUCCUGUGACCUGUCACGGUUGCACACCUGUGAAGCCCCAUUGGCUAUGGCCCAGAAGCUGACUCUGGCACCAUCGUUGCUCGAGAUGCCCGGAGAAGUUGAAGAGGCCCUUUCUGGCCCGUUUGCUCCUGUGUACAUACGAGAGGUGGUGUGCGCCUGCAGAGAAACAUCGGGAUCCGUUGAUGCUCUCGUCAAUCUCCUGGUUCAGUGCAGCUUCUGUAGCAAACCUUUCACGUACAUGGUUAUUCGUCUGGUCAUGGAGCAGUACGCUUCAGUCCCUUCAAACGAGCUGAAGAAUCUCUCUGGUCUUCUGCUCGAAUUACUGAAGUUGGACGAUCCCAUCCAGUACAUGAGACUCCAGCUUGUCAUUGACGGGCCUCAGGAGGAAAAGCCAGAGUUUUUAGGCAUCCUUGCCAUCGUGAAGGCAAACCAAGAAAAUGACAGCAGGCGGUCUUACCAGGGUGUCAAGUUCCUCGUCAGCAUGGCUCACAAGUACCCCCAUGCAAAGGAUUACCUCUUGCAAGUACCUCGGACGUGGCAAUGGUCAGUGAACUGGCUGAAGAGCACAAUGUCUGCUGAGUACAGUAAUCAGUGGAGCAAUACAACAUCAAAUGAAGAUUCCAACACGAAAACGUUCCAGCGAACUGUCAGUGCUCAGGACACACUGGCAGAGGCUACAGCUUUGCUAACUGAAUUGUCAUCUCCCGAAGCGGGCGACUACGGAAUGGAAACGGAUCAGGAUGACCCCAGUAUGGAUGAGGACUCUCAGUUGCAGCGGUCUCGGCUGGGCAGCGACUACCUAGAUUGCGGUCAGACUCAGAAAGAGUGAAUGCGCCGAGUCAAUACAAAGGCGUAAAGUGGUCAGUAAAAAUGAACAGAAAGGGUGUCUUGCUCAUCAUCGCAAUUCUUGGAACUUCCCCGUAUGACAAAAUCGUGAUUGUGUUGGUGAGUGAGCAGCUAGGGCGAAAGGAAGGAGUACCGAUUUGGUGCGUGCGAGGUGUGAUGCGGUAUUUUUGUCAUUACUUUUUAUGGAACAAACGAAAUUACUUUUUUGACAGGGAUGCAGUGGUUGGACACUGGGCUCGUAAUGUGCUCAAGACUGUGAUGUUGGUUACUUGCGGUCAGUAUUGUUUCAUGACUGUGCGUGCUUCGCGGGAAGCGACGGGGGUAGUGUAUAGAGUGCUCACUAAAUCCCUGUGGAUAACUGUUAAAAGUACACUACAUUAGUGUUACGGAGCACAGGUGAGAUUAGGCUGCUUUUAAUUUUGGCAGUUGAACAAUCGUACCGCAGAGGCUCAAACAUGAAGAUUUGCUGGUUUUGGGUGCUAGUCAAGACACACGACAUACUUUCACAUGCCACGUGUUUAUGCACUUGUUGCACACGUACACACUGAUAGAUGAUACAACACACAGGCCUUCCAGCUAAAUGGAGGAUUGAGAAUAUGUUUUAGAAAAAUGUUACAUUUUUUUAAAAAUAUGCAGUUUCUUCUGCAGUCAGUCUUCUUCGUGUAUCAAGUGCCAAUCCAUAAGAAAAAGCUGGCUGGCCUGACAGAACCCUAUAGUUUAGAUGUAUUCAUUUUUCAUGACGUAAGUGUUUUUCUAUUUCGUAUCAUCUGUUUAAGAAGGGCAUUUGUCAUCACUCUCUCGUGGAAACGUGCCAAGCCUUGGACCACCUCUACCUGAUUGUGUGUGAAUGUGACUCAUAUUUAAGAUACAUUUCUAGCUUUACGGUGACCGAGCAUACUGCCAUUUUUGCCAAUUAUAGGUUCGCAAAAUAUCUACAAGUGCCUUCUUCUGCAGUCUUUAUUGAGAUGAGCGUACUGUAUUGUUAGAGCUGAUCAAGUAUUUUGGGCAGAUUUGCUUGGAAUUUCUUUAGGACAAAGUGUCUUGCUAUUGAGCCUUUUUUGCGUGGUCGUUUGUCAUUGUCACGUGAAACAUACUAGACCGAAAUUUUCCUCAUAGUGCUAUAAAAUUGAGCAGAGAAUGAAUAAAGCUGUACAUAUUUUGA